UAAAUACAGAGAAGAAGCAAAGACCAAUCUUAUGACUCGGCGGCAGAUUGUGCUACGUAUAAUUAAAAGGACUCACUUUUAUACCCAAACAAUAGCGACAGAAACUUUAUGUCACCGUUAGUGCCAUGCCGCUUAGAUCGGAGGUUUCGUCGAGGGACAAUCUUAAUACUCUCGCACAAUCGCAGGAGGAACGACGUCGUACCGGAAGGUACAUCGCGGGCGGAACGGUUCUUGCAGUUACAUUGCUCGGGCUACAUCAUUUGCUUCUACAGGUUGCGUCCACGAUAGCGAGAGUAUGCAUACCCGCCAUCAUAAUGGCCUUGUACAUAAUCUGGGUGCUGUACUCAGCCCGCAGGGACAGGCGGAAGGCGCUGAGGUUCGCUACAGCGAUGCAGUUGACUGAGGUUGUCAGCAUCCCUACCAGAUCCAGAUCUAACGUUAUUUGCAAGAAUCCUACGAGCGACGACAAUUUAGGGAAAAACACGUCAAAUUUAUACAAAUCGAAGAGCAUCCGCGAAAAUCCUGCUUUUCUUGAUAAAGAUGAAGCGUGA